GGAGGAGGAGGAGGAGGAGGAGGAGAGGUCGCGAGUGAGCCGCCCUCUCUGCGCACACGCGGCUGACGGACGGGGGAGAGGAGGACGGGAGCGUUUCACCGUGACAGUCAGUCAGUCUGUAUGUCUGUAUGUCUGUCUGUGAUUUCUUAAUGGAGCUUUCGUGUUUUCUCCCCAUUGGAUCGCGGUAUCAGGAGCUGCGCGUCUCAACCCCUGCUGCAGCCGCGACGGGGACAGGACCGUGAAGGCACCGGAGGGAGGGACGCACAACCGACUGACUCGGCCCUGAAGACACUUCCAAUACAGACUGGGAUCGAUUUCACUGAGACAUGGGGUGCAGCCUCCCGAAGCUGCGGAAGGCAGAAGAGAAGCGAAGUCCAGGCAAUAUCUACUCCACUCUCAGACGGCCUCAGGUGGAGACUAAAGUGGGUGUGGCGUACACCUACCACUUCCUGGAUUUCCUUUUGGGGAAAGAAGAGGUGCCGGUGUCGUCGGUGCUGUGUCUCUCCUCGGUCCGGGAGCUGCCGGUUCAGGUCAGGGAACUCUACGCGCAGGGUUUCGUCCUGGUCGCCCUCCACCCGUUCGUUCACCCCUGCGGCCCUCGCCACGCGCACAUCCAGCGCCAGCUUCACCGGGCGGUGCUGGUCCGAGAGACGCCAAGUUCAGAGAAAAGCCAACUGAGGUGGUCGAGACAACGUCUGGAGACCGAUGUGUGUGUGGCGGGUCAUCAGACUGCUGACCCAGAGGUGAUCCAGAGCUACGUCAAGAGGAUCCAGGAUGUAGCAGAGCAAGGGGUGAUGUUUGUGGGCUUCCUCCAGCAGCCUGGUGGUGGACCCUGCUUCCUGGGCCAGUGGGACCCCGAGGAGCUGUCAUCCUUACAUUCGAGCCCUUCGCCCAUUCACAGACACCCCUUCAGUGCCGGCACCAGCCCAACAGAUCAGACGCAACCAGAUCAAAGUGGCGUAGGACCAGGCGAUCGCCCCUUUGAACCUCACGAGUUAGAUCAUGAGAGCGUCGAAUGUAACGCACAGCCUUUGGUGCCCAGAGAACUGGACUUCAGCCCUCUGAAACCCGCCCAGACUUCAGAGCUCGGCGCAGAUGAGUCGAGUGAACAAAUUCAGACGACGCAGAUCAUUUUGAAAGAGUCGCUGGAAUCAACAAACCCACCUCAACAUCCCAGUGAACCUGGCGUAGAUGUGGUUCAGUGGUGUCCAAGUCAGAACCCAGCGGAGACCCAGGGGAGCCAGCUGCGUCUCGGACAGCUGGGGCGCAGUCCGCCGGAGCGCAGGGACUCCACAGAGAAACAGUUCAACCUUCUGAACCAGAGAGAGCGACGAGGCUCCAACUCCGAUGGCCGGCUCAGCUCUCCAGAACUCGAACGCAACCACGAGAAAAAGUCCAGCUCUCUCCGUGCAGAUAGACGAAGCAGGGAGACGACACACAACAACAACAACCACAUUUGUCUCAAGAGUUCCGAGAAAGAUAAGAAUGCAACCUCACCACCAGCACAAGGGCGGAUGCAGCUCUUCGCCCUGUACAACCACACAGGGGAGCUGAACACGUCUCUGAGGUUCUACUCGCUGAGGGUGCCACUCCAAGUGCAAAAGGAAGCGGGGCUGACCACGGAAGUGGACGCGCACUGGCUUGACUACAUGACUCAGCAUUUCACCAGCGGCGCGCGCCUCAUCGACGGGUUCUUCCACCUGGGAGAUGCUAACGACAACGGGGUUUCAUCUGUGGACAGUGUGUUCAUCUUCCAGAGCGCCGCGGAGGAGAUCGCAAACGCCUCCUACGAUGCUAUUGUGGUUGAGCAGUGGACCAUUGUCGAUGGUGUGGUGGUCAAGACGGACUACAUCCCAUUGCUCCAGUCUUUAGCUCCGUACGGAUGGAGGCUAAUGUGUGUGUUACCCACGCCUAUUGUCAAGACCAACAGUGACGGGAGUUUGUCAACCAAGCAGAUCCUCUUCCUUCAGAGACCUGUUUUGCAACGCAAGAGAAAAGACUUCAAGAUGCUGAACCUCAGGGGUCGCAGCAAGGCAAAGAAGAGCUCUGUAGGAGAAGAGGAGAGGGAGACGAGGUCCCCCGUGACGGAGGCCGAGAUGUACAGGUUUAGAAGAAACACUAAAGAGGAGGAAGCAGAGGCGAGGAAGCGGGGGGAUAGCGGAAGGAGCGAGAGUGCGAGCCCUCGAGAAGAGGACACGGGACAUCAGAAGGGCUCCGUGUUCCUGUCGGGGAGCAGGGAUUCUGUUGAUGAUGAUGAUGAUGAUGAGGAGGAGGAGACUGACAUUGACAAGAUCCCUCUGUCCCAGCAGGAGAAGUCUGUGAGACGGACAGACGGGUGUCAGAGAGAUGACGGAGGCGUCAGGGAGGAGGCGAAGGCGGAAGAGCGCAUCAAACAGCAGCUGUUUUCUGGCGUCUGUUGAGACACUGGGCACAAAACGGUCUCGACUUUUUGUGGACAUUCAACAUGUACUCAAUCAAAUAUCCUGUAUUUAUAUCACGCACUGUUGCUAACGCUUCAAUCUGCUCUGUUCAUGAUGCGAGUCUAUCAGCCUAUACAGUAGCUUCUGUAAAUAGGAAAGUGUUGUGCAGUUUUUUCUGCUUUUGGGUCAGUGUUGCUUUGUGAUGUGUUUAUAAGAAAUGAGACAGUACAGGACUCCUCAGUACAACCCAGGACGAGUCUCCAGUCUUAAGCCUUAAGUAUUAUUUCAUUGCCCAUCGUUGUAUUUUACUACUUACUUGUAAUAUGACUGUUAGAGAGGAAGUAUUGAUUUCGCCGGGCUCAUUGUAUUUUUAUAUGUAAAGUAUAAAUUGAGGCAGAACUAGGGGGAAAAAAGUAACACAAAGUACUGAAGAGCUCAAUUGAUAAAUCUGCAUUUGCUAAUUUUAUCUUAAUAUAGAUGUCAGUAUCACAAUAUAUGUUGGCCAGUAAACAAAGUUUUAGUACUAAUGAGCCAAAGAUGUUUGAGGUAAUUCACAAACCCUUGAGUUUGUUAUGAAAUUUUAGGGGGUAUAAUAAAAAAAAUUGUGUAAAAUUUUGAUUGUGUUAUGGCCGAAACAAAUGACAAUUAAUAAUGCAUUAUCAGCCAUUGAGAUGUACGCAGUACAUUUUACUGGAUCUCUUAAUGUUAAAGGGUCAGUUCGUGGAUAUUUUGUCAUUAGCUCUAUAAUGUAAACUAGCUGAUGGAAAGUUUAGGUUUUUUUCGAACAGGCUUUGUGAUGUGUCUGAGAUUUCUGUCUCAGUCAUAAUAUGAUGGAGGUGAAUUUGAGUAAAUUAAUAUCAACAUUUUUCCAGAAGCGAUAUGCCUGUUUCUCUGAUUUAUCCACGUUGUCUAUUUUAUUUGGGCUGGCUUCAAAACCUGGCCACAUCAAACCAAAAUGAUCUGUUUGGCAAAAUACUACAGUGACAAAAAUGGUUUAAUUUGUAAUUUGAGUUUACUGGCCCUUAAGGGUUUCCUCUUCCAGCGGAUAUUUGAAAUCAGCCGAUUGUUACUUAUUUCCUGGACCACCUGUGUUGUAGGUAGUGAGAUGAGCCUUCAUACGAAAGAGGAGGUGAAUAAAGUGUUAAAAAACAGGCCCGA